GAUGUGUAUUUAUUCGUAUGUGAUUAUUUAAUAAUAAUUAUCAUUAUUAGUCUCCAUUAAAGUAUGUGCGUAUCAAACUUUAAUUGAUUCUGUUUGAAAUAUAUCGAAUUAAAAGCCUAAUCUAGAUGGUUUAAUUGUUUUUUUUGACAUUAGUUAUUUUUGAUACCUUUUUGUAUAGAAAAUGCUGAACGAGGAUAACAAAUCCGUUAUCAUUAAUAUACCCAAAAAACGAAUUUAUUCUGAUAAAUUGUUUGUCUCGUCAAUAAAUAAGAAACAAAACGAAGCAACGAGGAAAUGUAGAAGAGAAUUAUCUGAUGUCGAAUUGAAGAGAUAUAAUUUACCGGAAGAAGUAUCUUUGCCUAUAAUUAAACUGAAGCAAUGUGAAAUUAUUUUACCUUUUAAACAUUACCGUAAGCAAAAAGAUAAAAAUCGUUUCAAGCAAAGCUUGAGUAUCAGUAUUUAUGACAAAUAUAAAAUCAUAAGCACUGAUUUGCAAAAGCGUUUACAUGUAGAUCGUCCGUUAAAUGAUAUUUACUCAGUGAUCGAUGUGGACACGGAAUAUUAUAGCUAUUUAGGAGGUCGAGCGUUGCAAUUCGGUAAUCCAGUUUAUAAAUCUCUUCAAGAAUCAAUUAAUAAGAUAUUGCAACUUAAACAUAACACAGGAAUAAAGAAGGAUUGCAUUUUAAACAUAGAAACAAAUUACCGUAAUGAACUAGAUAUUUACGCUUUAUCAGUAAAAAGGCUAACUGAUCAAGCGAAAUACUUUGACACAUUUAUAUCAGAAGAUUAUGAGAAAUCCAUGGGCUUCCUUUCGAAAUGGGAUAAAGUUAAAUACCAAUUAGAUUGGAAGAUAAAGGAGUUACAAAAUUUGGGGAUUGAAAAAUUUACUUUGCAGUCUAGGCUUAUUAGCUUAGAAUAUAAGUACGGUAUUCAGCUUAAAUAUGGAAGAUUUUUGUAUUAUUUAUCACCCCCAACAUGGCGUCUUAAUAAUAGGGAAUUCGCCAGAUCUGUUGAAAUUGAAGCAAAGGGGUUUGACUAUGGAAAUUCUCAGGAAGACGAUACAUUUGCAAUAAUAUUUGAGAAAUUGCGCAAGAUAUGUUAUGGAACACCAAUCAGACCUGUACUUUAUUUUACGCAGCCUAAAGAUCUCAUAGAUGUGUUCGAUGCAAUGGAAAACCAGCAACUUCAUUAUUAUACUCAUGUUAAUCAUUUGACUCCUCACACAAAGAUACUUAAAGAAGGGAUAAAAAAACUUAAAGAAGUUAUUUUUCAAGAGUAUGCGGUAGUCACUAAUGUAAUUAAGAUUUAUGAAAAUCUUUUAAAGUUUAGUGAAGACAGGUGUGCUCAGUUGGAGCUUAAAUUUCAUAAAAUACUAUUUGGAUUGUUCUACAAUAGUAUCGGAGUACCGGAUGUCUUAAAAUUGAUUUCACAUUUAGAAUUUUUUAACUUAACUAAAGAAACUCAGUUAGAACCAGCGGAUGAUGUAAGAGCAGUGGUAGAAAUUCAACCCGAGUUUUAUACAGUUAUUGAAGGACGCCCUUUACGUUGCUUUGACGAUAUUAAAGUUUACAUUAAUAAUAUUCGAAGUUAUGCAAUGAAUCGUCAACAAAUAGGAUACCGAAGAGAUCUGAUUCUGAAAAUUGACCAAAACCUAGCCACAGAAAGUACCGAGCAUGAUAAAAUUGCAGCUAACUUAAAACAACAUAUAAAAAAUUUCCAAAGAUUCCUUACGGAAGACUACAAGAGAUCAUGUAUUAUGGUUUCUAAAGCUGAGAAAGCGUACACAGAGUUAGUUGCAAAAAAUUCUGAAUUUCUUGGAUAUGUAACAGAGCUAACGAUAUUAAAUAACAAAUUGUUUAAACUCGAUGCCAUUCGCAAUGUUUUGAAGACUUAUAGGAGUUACUUGAUAUUUGUCGCACCCCUGUCUUGGCGUCAAUUGCAUGAUGAAAAAUUGAAAAAUAAAGUUCAUUCGAUAGAAUUUGAAAGUGAGGAAUUCGUGACGGACAACGAUUUAGUCGAAACACUAGAUAUAGAUAGGAUGGUAGAGGUAGCUAAACAGGAGCUGCAAAACCCCUAUCCGCCAAAUAUGUAUUUUAAUCGUCCUGAACAAAUGCUAUAUUUAUUUCGAACCAUGGAAUUACAAAGUAGAGAGUAUUUAACACAACUUUCCAAAACAGGCUCUCCUUAUAGACUUUUACAAGAUCGAAUUAAACAUUUAAAAAACGUGACUAAACAAGAACUGGAUUAUUUUCAAUUUUACAUUGACAGCAUUAAUAAUGAAAUAGCUAGAGAAAGCUACAAUGAAAACAAUUUACAAGGAAAGUUUUUCCGGAUUCUCAAUACAACAUUUUAUAACAGUGUAGCUAGUCCGAGUACAUUAAAGUUAAAAAUUUGUAUAGAAUACGUUUAUGAACAAGUAUUCGGUAAAUGUGAGGAAGGUCAUCAAAACUUGCAAGAGCCUAUGAAAAUUUUAGAAGUCAUGUAUGAGGAUUACAAUUUACGUCUUGAUUCAUUAGAUUUCAAGAUUGUUAAUCAAGCUCGAAACGAUUUCUAUGCUCAGGACUUAAGAACAAUGAAAAAUGCUUUCUUAGCUCAGCGUGAACUAAGAGCGUUCCGUGAAAUGACUGUAGCCAUGAAUAAAGCUUUCUUACCUCCAGCACAGUAUAAGAGACCAGUUCUGACGAAAUUCCUUAAUAGCAAAAGCAGAGCGGCAUUAGCAAUUGCAGAACGACGAAAGUCACAAAUGGAUAAUGGUGAACGGAUGCAGCCUCAAAAAUAUAAAAUAAAUCAAGAGGAAAGAGAUGGCUUACUACUAUUUACAGAAUGGUGUGAAGGAAUGAAUCCAGCACCAUAUUUGGCUGAAUAUUAUAAAUUUGUAAAACCUGCUUUUGAAUGGAUACCACGAAAAUCUAUAAUGCCUUAAGAG